CCCCCGCGCCUCGCGCCCCGUGCCGCCGGCCUCCCACGCUUCGCGCCCCGCGCCCUCGCCCUCGCCCCCGCGCCCGGCCGCCGGCGCCGCGGCCCCGCGAGCGGCCCCGAUGCAGGCCAUCAAGUGUGUGGUGGUGGGAGACGGAGCCGUGGGUAAGACAUGCCUCCUGAUCAGCUACACGACCAAUGCCUUCCCUGGCGAGUACAUCCCUACUGUACUAACCAGCCCACUGCUCUGGCCCGCAGCUUCGACAACUACUCGGCCAAUGUCAUGGUCGAUGGGAAGCCAGUGAACCUGGGCCUAUGGGACACGGCAGGCCAGGAGGACUACGACAGGCUGCGGCCUCUGUCCUACCCACAGACGGACGUGUUCCUCAUCUGCUUCUCUCUCGUGAGUCCUGCGUCCUUUGAGAACGUGCGUGCGAAGUGGUACCCUGAGGUGCGACAUCACUGCCCCAACACCCCCAUCAUCCUGGUGGGCACCAAGCUGGAUCUCCGGGACGACAAAGACACAAUUGAGAAGCUGAAGGAGAAAAAGCUGACACCCAUCACCUACCCACAGGGCCUGGCCAUGGCCAAGGAGAUCGGUGCUGUGAAGUACCUGGAGUGCUCGGCACUCACCCAACGGGGCCUCAAGACCGUGUUCGACGAAGCCAUCCGGGCCGUGCUCUGCCCACCACCUGUCAAGAAGCGGAAGCGGAAGUGCCUGCUGCUGUGAAGGCCCCACCCGUCGCCCCGCGUGCAGCCCACCCACUCGAUGCCAAGUUUUUGUUACAGAUUAAGUUUCCCCACAAAACCCUUUUUGAACCAAUCAGUCAUUUUAAGGCUUUGUUUCAAAUGUAAGAGUUUAAAAAAACGAACAAAAACAAAAAAAAAAAAAACCCACACAAACACAAAACUUUUCACCUUCUAUUAAAAUUGAGCCCGAAAACGACGUUAUUUUUCCUAACGCCUUAUUUCUCAAAAGCCCUGUUCUUGCUCAGAUGACGAGUUGCCAAACCCCUUGUGACCGUGGCCUCCGCACUGUGCCGAGACCCCCCCAACUCGGUAGCAGGCGGGUGGCCCGUGUCUUCCUGAGCCUGUAGCUUCUGAUGUUAGGGGAGGCGGACACCGGGGAGCCUGUGCCGCCCCCACGAUGACGCCACAGGCUAAGAACCCCCCCCUACCUGAAUCCCAACCCCCCAAUCUCGUACUGUAUGGCGGGUGCAGCCCCCUGGGGCUCCGAGUCCCAAGUGGAUGUUUGAGACAGUGCUGGGCCUGUGCAGAAUUGGACCAGAACCUUCCGGCCUCCACGCAGUACUCUGCUCCGGCCAGGGGUUGCGGGGUGUGGGGUAAGGGGGGCACUUGUGAUCCGAGGUGAAGACAGUAUUUUGACAAACUCUAACGGAGAUGAAUUUACACUACAAUGUACGUGAAUGGUUCAAUUGAAUAAAAAGUCACAGGUAAUGUUUCGAAGGUUGAUUUCUGUCCAGUGCUGAUGAAACGAGGUCGGUAUUAGAAGGGAGCGUUUCCUUCAGCUGUUUCUGUUCUCUUGACCCUCCCCUGCCCGGGGUUUUUAACUCCUCUUUGAACUGGUCGGUUCCCGCACUAGCUCAUCCCGGCCUUUCUCAGAGAACCCCCUUUACGAGCAAUAGGCCUCCUUGUAUUAUAAAACUUUCCUGAUGCAUUACUUUUUUUGGGGUAGCUUAGGAAAAAAAAAUGUAUUCCUGUUUUUUCCUGAUCCUUGACUCAAGAGCUAAUCAAUGCUUUCUUAGUUUUCUAGUUACUAGGUGUAAAAAUCAUGUGUUGCAGCUUUAUGGUUUUAAAACUAUUUUAGAUUAUGUCGCCCCUCAUCCCCCGGCCUCCCUAACACUGCAGCAGCCAGCACUACACCUUGACUAAUGCCACCCUCUGUCCCCGCAGCCUCGCUCCCUCCUUGCGCUAACACUGCUCGGGGUCUGAGAUUCUGUGAAGAACUGUGCUCGUGCUAACGGAGUUUUGUACAACCUUCCCCCCUGGCGAGAAUGCAAGGUUGGAACUUUCAACCACUAGAACAAAAAAACAAAACUUUUUUAAUUGACAAUUGCAGACUUGUGGAGUGUUUUUACAUUGAUCUUUUGCUAAUGCAAUUAGCAGUAUGUUUUGCAUGUACGACUUAAUAAAUCCUUGACUCAGUUGCCUGGUAA